UUAAGCGUCUGGAAGUUUCUGGAACCCGAACCCCUGAAGCUGUAUGUGAACUGCUCCGAGUGCCUGCUUUUAGUGACAAGUUGUUACUAAAUCGCAUGAGUCUGGUGCUGGGACAUCCAUUGAUGGUAAUAAUGCUCCGUUUGCCAACCGUUCUACGCCAGGUAAGGCCUGUAUCUCGUCUACUUGCACCUCAUCUUGCACGAGCUUACGCCAAAGAUGUAAAAUUCGGAUCCGAAGCUCGGGCUAUGAUGUUGAAAGGGGUUGAUCUUCUAGCCGAUGCUGUGGCUGUAACUAUGGGACCAAAGGGUCGAACAGUUAUUCUAGAACAGAGUUGGGGGAGUCCUAAAGUGACAAAAGAUGGAGUAACAGUAGCUAAAGCCAUAGAUUUGAAAGAUAAGUACCAAAAUAUUGGUGCUAAGCUGGUACAAGAUGUUGCCAACAACACAAAUGAAGAGGCAGGCGAUGGAACGACCACAGCAACAGUUCUUGCCAGAGCCAUCGCUAAAGAAGGAUUUGAAAAGAUCAGUAAAGGAGCUAAUCCAGUGGAGAUAAGACGAGGUGUCAUGCUGGCCGUUGAUACAGUAAUUGGUGAGCUGAAGAAAAUGUCCAAACCAGUUACAACGCCUGAAGAAAUUGCUCAGGUAGCAACUAUUUCAGCCAAUGGAGAUAAAGAAAUUGGUGAACUCAUCUCUGAUGCAAUGAAAAAGGUUGGACGGAAUGGUGUCAUCACAGUCAAGGAUGGCAAAACACUCCAUGAUGAGCUCGAAAUCAUUGAAGGAAUGAAGUUUGAUAGAGGUUACAUCUCACCAUAUUUCAUCAACACAGCAAAAGGUAUGUAUCUUUACAAGCUGGUUGUGAUGCAGCUUAAAACGGAUUUUCUUACUAAUGUCUUCAGGGGCUUGUGUUUUCUUUUAAGAACAGUCCCCAGUACAAUACCACAACUUUCUCUAUUUUCCCUAUCCCCUAUAAAUAUUGACAAGUGGCAAGUGACACUCGCGCCACACAAAUGCCAGGCUAUGACCAUCACCAAUAAGAGACAAUCUAAC